CGCAGUCCGCUAUGCGUGCUCUUUCCCCGUCCUCACCGAACACGCCCACCCAACCCGUUCGCCAGCACAAUGUCCCUCGUGUCUGGGCCCGGCCGGGGCAUGACCGCCAUGCCCGCUGAAAUGCAGCUGUAUGUCGACAGGCACGUCCGCUAUAUCCAGAGUCUGGACACCCGCAAAGACGAGCUGGAGUACUGGCUCACCGAGCAUCUGCGCCUGAACGGCCUCUACUGGGGCCUUACGGCACUGCAUCUGCUGGGGCAUCCAGACGCCCUUGCACGUGAAGGAGUUCUGGCAUUCGUCUUUUCGUGCUUGCAUGAGGACGGCGGCUUCGGCGCUGCGCCGGGCCACGAUGCGCACAUGCUGUACACCGUCAGCGGCGUGCAAAUUCUGGCGACGCUUGAUGCCUUUGACGAGCUUGAAGAGCGCAUGAAGGGGGGUCGCCAGAAGAUUGGCCAGUACAUCGCAAAUCUGCAGGAUCCCGACACCGGCACCUUCGCCGGUGACGAGUGGGGAGAGCAAGACACGCGCUUCUUGUACGGGGCGCUCAAUGCCCUCUCCCUCAUGGGCCUCCUGCAUUUGGUCGACAUCGAGAAAGCAGUCCAGCACAUCCAGUCGUGUGCAAACUUCGAUGGCGCCUAUGGCACCAGUCCGGGCGCCGAGUCUCACUCUGGACAGGUGUUCACGUGCGUCGCGGCCCUGACCAUCGCGGGCAGACUUGACCUCGUGAAUCAGGAGAAGCUGGGUGCGUGGCUCAGCGAGCGCCAGCUCAAGAACGGUGGACUUAACGGAAGGCCUGAGAAGAAAGAGGAUGUCUGCUACAGCUGGUGGGUCAUGAGCAGUAUGGCCAUGCUGAACAAGCUGCACUGGAUAGACGGCGAGAAAUUGACCAAGUUCAUCCUCCAGUGCCAGGAUCCCGAACUGGGAGGUCUCGCAGACCGACCCGGCGACAUGGUAGAUGUCUUCCACACCGUCUUCGGUAUUGCAGGCCUGAGUCUACUGAAAUACCCCGGCCUUGUAGAAGUAGACCCCGUGUAUUGUAUGCCCCGGGCCGUGACGCGGCGGUGCCUCGGGAAAUGAGGGCUUCCGGAAAAAGCGGCUAUCCAGGUAAUGAACCGCCCUUAGAUCUGAGGACGUAAUCCAUAUCAUGCCCUGCCCAGGUGUAAUUACGGUGUGUACGGACGAGGUAAUGGGAAGAGCGGGGGCUUGGCAAUGGUGCCCACAGUGAAUGUCAGCCAUUGUUAUGACCCUGCAUCUCACCACCCUUGUGGCGCUGUGCACUCUGGCAGCUCACAGCUCACAGCUCACGCCUCGUCUGGCUCUCUGGC